CAUCCAUUCAUUCAACUUACAUUUAUAAUGUAUAUAAUUUGAAUGUUCUUCAACUUAAACUAUGAAAUAACAUUUUCCUCAAAUUCUUUAGUAAUUUGCAAUGCAAUGGUCUUAAUCAACUAGUAUGUACUCCCUCAAAAUGCCUUUGUUGGGUUUGAAUCCACGAACGUUAUGUUUGACAUCUAGAGUUAAAGACAUCUUUAGUGCAGGAUGCUGUCAUGAACAGUGGCGGAUCCAGAAAUAUUCUCCUAAUAUUGCUUGCUCCUUGACUAUAGAUCCUAACUCACCCUACUCCAAUGAGGGAAGUUUGUGUUACAAGGCGCCGUGUGCUCUCUCAUUUUCGCCCAUUCGAUUUAAUUCAACAAAGCAAGGGUCGAGAAAUUUGUUGGUUGUUCGAGCAGUUUCGAUCCCUGAGAGUGCGGAUGGAGGUGCCGAAACGAAAUCUAGUAGUGUGGCUCUUCCUUUGCAGCUUGGUGGCAUGUUUCUCCUUUGGUAUCUUUUGAAUAUUUAUUUCAAUAUAUACAACAAGCAGGUUCUUAAGGUAUAUCCAUUCCCUUCAACCAUCACAGCAUUCCAGUUUGGAUGUGGGAGUUUGCUUGUUCUUCUUAUGUGGGGUUCUAAUCUUCAUCCAAAACCAAAGAUUACCCGUUCACAGUUUGCAGCAAUACUACCAUUAGCAAUAGCACAUGCAAUGGGCAACCUUCUAACAAAUGUGAGCCUUGGAAAAGUAGCAGUCUCAUUCACACACACAAUCAAAGCUAUGGAGCCCUUCUUCACUGUUCUUCUCUCUGUGCUCUUUCUUGGUGAGAGGCCUAAUAUUUGGGUGGUUUUAACCCUGGUGCCUAUUGUUGGUGGAGUGGCAUUGGCCUCAUUUACAGAGGCUUCUUUCAACUGGUUGGGUUUUGGCAGCGCAAUGGCUUCUAAUCUCACUAAUCAAUCGCGUAAUGUGCUAAGUAAAAAGCUGAUGGUCAAGGAAGAGGAGGGUUUGGACAACAUCAAUCUAUUCUCAAUAAUUACUCUCAUCUGCUUCGUCUUUUUACUACCAACAGCUAUUUUGAUAGAUGGCGUCAAAUUUUCACCUUCAUAUUUUCAAUUAGCUGCAAAUCAAGGGUUAAAUAUUAAAGAAUUGUGUGUGAGAGCCCUUGUUGCCGGACUAUGUUUCCACACUUAUCAACAGGUUUCUUACAUGAUAUUAGGAAUGGUAUCAGCUGUAACACAUUCAGUGGGAAAUUGCUUGAAGCGAGUUGUAGUUAUUGUGUCUUCAGUGAUCUUCUUCCGAACACCCAUUUCGCCCCUUAACUCUUUUGGAACUGCCUUAGCACUUGCUGGUGUGUUCUUAUACACAAGAGUAAAGAGAUUGAAACCAAAGCUUAAAGCUACAUGAUUUGGGCCAUUCUUGUAUUCCAAAGUAAAGGGAGUGGAUGUUAAAAUUAAAAACAAAAGUUGUUUUUUUUUUUUUUUUUUUUUUUUUGAGGUAGUGUGGGCUGGGCCAAAACCCUCUAUACUGUGGUUUUAUGUCCAUUGUAAUAUAUUCACGUCCACACCCUUUGCUUUUGGACCCUAACAAAUGAGUGAUUUGUGCUGGUCUGAGGCCCACAUUUAUUAUGAAUUUCUUUGAUUUGGUUGAAGAUGUCAACUAGGUUGUAUAACUUGUAAACGAGAAAAUCCAACACAAACUUCUUUUCUGUAUCUUCUUCAGCCAAUUUCAGAAUUACGUUUUUCGUCAUUAAAUCGUA